GCCAACCCUUUGCGCCACUCCCUGCUCGGCACCGUUUCCAGGUUUUUGUUUUCCUUUCUUCACCUUUUGUCACUCCGCCUCUUGUCGUUGUUGUGUGUGUCAUUGUCCGCCCUUUGUUGCUUUCUUCUUAAAGAAAAAACCCCCCCAUCCUCGUCCGUUGCGCCGCCUUGAAUACCAUCUGCCGCUUCUUGUCUGUCUGCCUGCCAGAGAUAAAAACCACCACAAGAGGCGUCUCUGUUCUCAGACCUCGACGCCGUCCCUCAUCUUGGUGCUGCUCCGUCACCUACAACAGCCCGACCUGUCCUCGACUUACACCAAAAGACAAGAGAAAAAAAAAAGUCACAGUGCUCCUCGUCCAUACAACAACAUGCCGGUCCAGCUACUCCCUGCCUCGGCCGCGGCCUUUGCCCCGCGGGCCUCAUCCGUCAACGUCGUCCUGGGCUCUCGCGUCGAGCCGUGGCUUACACAGACGCUCAAGCGUGUCAACCGGGUCAAGCGCCCCCUCAACAGCGUCCCCCAGCACCAGCGAUGCCUCACCGAGCUUCUGUCAUCACCCAACGCCAUCUGGACCCUCUGCUCAAUCAUGCUCGCCAAGCUGCCCCAGGCCGAGAUGCCCGAAGACCCCACGGAGAACCUCUUCAGCCACCAGCUCUUCCACGUCGAGGCCUACAUUGUCCACGUCGACAUGGUCCUGCGCAACGAGGUCGCCUUCAAGCUGACCACCGACACCAUUGAUGCCCUCGUCGAGUACCACAAGGAGGUCCACUGCGUCGACGCAAAGGCCAACACCUACGACUGGUCCGAGAAAGAGCAGCAGUGCAAGAAGCUGCACGAAGACUUUGUCCAGGCCAUCAACAAGUUCGUCUUCCGCGCCGACGUCUCCGCCCUGGAGGGUCUCGAGGAGGAGGGUGCCGGCGAGCUGCUCAACGGAAAGAGCAAGGACGUCAAGGCCAGCAUCAUGAACCUGAUGAAGCCGCUUCUGCCUCCCCCGCCCAGAGUCGUCGAGGUCAUUCGCCAGCCACCUCUGCUGCCCAGCUCUCCCCUCGGCAACAUGUGGACGCAGGCUCCUCCUCAUAUCAUCCCCGCGGCCGUUGAGCCCUGGCAGGUGCUGCCUUCAAGUCCCAGCGUCACCUCGUCUGUCGACUCGAGCCACACUCCCCUCUGGGCCAACAUGGGUAUGAGCGACUGCCAGCUGCCCUCCCCGACGCCCUCGUUCAGCCUGCCGCAGACCACCGCCGAGCUCUUCUACAGCCCGCCCAUCAUGGCACCCAUCCCGGCGCUUCCUCUCCCCAGCGUCUUCGCACCUUCACAGUGCGGAGUCAGUCUGGGCAUGGGCAUCGGUGGCUUCGGCUGGGACCGCUACCACGAGUACGCCACCAUCAUGUGA